AUGAGUGAUUCACAGCGAACUAAAGUAGCUGAAGAAGUAGAAGAGCUCCAGUGGCCAGAAAAUGGAGAUAAAUGGAGUGAAGGGGAGCCCCAUGAGACCAGCAUGCUCCUGCAGGCCAUGGCGGAGGAUGACGAGGAGAUCAAUAUUCACAACGAGGAGACUUUUGGCAUGGAUGUCGACGCACAGGUGACCCCAAACGGGCCCAAAAACACCCUCCUUGAUUUUGGGGACCUGCCGCCUCUGCCCACCACGCCGCCGCCGCCUGACCCCAAACCGUCAUUGCCUCCCAGCUUGCCCUCGCCUCCCAUCCGGGUGCCCCAUUAUUGCAGAGGGCGAGGGAAGAAGAGGGGUCUGGGACUGGGUCUGCUCUUUGAAGACCCCGCCGUGAUGAAAGUCGUGGAAGGCCGGCCAAGUCUCAAGAGUAUGGAUAGCGCCAUUGUCGACUGUGGGAAUGUUAUGUGUCACCAUGAGAAUGUAAGUGCAUGUUUUAUGCCCAUGAUGCCAGGUCCCCCUUACUCCUGUCGGCCACUAACCCAGAUGCAGCAGUACAAUCAGACGGAAUUUGGGUACCCCAAAAACCAGCCACGUCAUUCCACCCCGCUGUCACUCACUCCCAAAAUGAUGCAGCUUCGUUUUGGGCCCGACUCACCAAGGCUGUCGCCUUUCUACAGCACCUUAUCGAGUCCAGUACAACAUUUCAGAUACCCUGACCCAGUAACCCAGCUCCACCCACAUCAUCAACGUAUACUCAACCAAAAACAACAUACAUUUCAGAGAAAACCGUACAAUUCGGAUCCUUACUGUAAUCUGAUGACAGCCAAGGAGAAGGACUGGAUCAUCCGUCUCCAGAUGAUUCAGCUGCAAAGUGAGAAUCCCUACCUUGAGGAUUACUACUAUCAGGAGUACUACAGGCGGAUGGAAGCCAAGAUGGCAGAGGAGGAGCUGGGGCUCAAGAGCAAGCGGGUGCCCCCCAAACUCACCACUCCGUACAUCACAAAAACCGAAGCCUACGCACCAGUGGUCCACAUUGAAGGCUCCCUGGGUCAAGUGGCGGUCUCCACUUGCUACUCUCCCCGCCGUGCCAUCGGGGCUGUUCACGCCGUUCAAGUUCAUGGUCCACUUGAGGAGAAAAAAGACAUGACACGGCAACGACUGGAACUUCUGAGCGAAAUUGAAAAGCUGUUUAUAGUUCUGUUAGAGGUGGAAGAGUCGGGCAGGACCAACGCCAAAGUCUUGUCCGGGCCUGAGGAGAGGAGGUUGAUGGAGAAGACUCAGAGGAAAGUGGAGCAGAUCUACUCCAGGAUGCAGCACCAUCAUGCCCUAAAUUCCGAAGGGGAGUUUCUUCCUUUCCUUGUGGUCUCAAAGGGCAAAAAGCUUCUUGCCCGCUUUUUGCCCUUCUUGAAGCGUGACUUGGCCAUCCACAUCCUGAGGGUCAUCACCGCCAAUCUUCCGACGCUGAUGAGCAGAGACACCGAAGAGAACCUCCCGGUGCUCUACCCUCCUCUUCGAAACGUGAUCGAAAGCCUGACCUUCAGUCAGCUGAUCGAGAUCCUCCGAGUUUUGACCUCGUCGGAGAAUCUGUCCACGAAUGAGUGUCUCUCGCUGGCGUGCCAGAACAAGUUUGGGAUCUCGCUGCUUUAUGCUCUGCUGUCCCGCGGUGAGAAGUUGCUGUCCUCUGGUGUUGCUCUGGAGCCCAGCAUUGGUGACUUUGAGACAUGGACGGACACAAUAUUCCAAGUGGCGGGGCAGCUUUCCCAGUGUUCGCUGGUGGAGCCGCUCCUCCUGCCCUCCAACGUUCUGACGCUCUUCUGCCGCUACCUGGACAAGCGCACGGUGCACCAGCUAAAAAGCAAUAUGAAGUCUGCGACAGGAGGCCUGGCACUUCCAUCCUGAGGACGACUGAGUUGUGUCAAGCAAAGGCGGAAGUUGCACUUAGGCUUGUUUUAAUGAACAAGCUUAUUGUCAUGUUUCUAUUUCUUUCCCCCACUUAUUUGUGCACACCCACAAACUGUUUCCUUACUUUUAUUUUUGGUCCCCUUUGUUGCUCUCAAGCAGGCUAGAUUAUGAUGUUGAGGAUUGUGUCGUAAUAUUUAUGAUUGUACAGUCAAAUCUAUGGUUUAUAUGUAGUAAUCGCCAAGUU